AUGCUUCUACCGAUCAAAGCCAUUAAUGAUCCUAAAUCUCGACUUGUUCUAAAGGCAGUAUCAGAUUCGAAAUCUAGCUCGGAGAUGAGUGGUGUUUCAAACAAGGAAGAGAAAUCUGAUGAAUAUAGUCAAGACAUGACUCAAGCUAUGGGUGCUGUUUUACAUUACAGGCACGAGUUAGGAAUGAACUACAACUUUCUUCGUCCAGAUUUAAUUGUUGGAUCCUGCUUACAGACCCCUGAAGAUGUUGAAAAGCUACGUAAAAUCGGGGUUAAAACCAUAUUUUGCUUGCAACAAGAUCCAGACUUGGAAUAUUUUGGAGUAGAUAUAAGAAGCAUUCAAGCCUAUGCUAAGACAUUUAGUGACAUCCAGCAUAUUCGCUGUGAAAUAAGAGACUUUGAUGCAUUUGAUUUGAGAAUGCGUCUUCCUGCCGUGCUUAGUACACUAUACAAAGCUGUUAAGCGAAAUGGAGGAGUUACAUAUGUGCACUGCACUGCUGGAAUGGGAAGGGCUCCUGCUGUUGCGUUGACAUACAUGUUCUGGGUGCAAGGCUAUAAACUUAUGGAAGCUCAUAGAAUACUUAUGAGCAAAAGGUCGUGUUUUCCGAAGCUUGAUGCUAUCAGAAAUGCAACAAUUGAUAUUCUUACAGGACUAAAAAAGAAGACUGUUACUUUGACACUGAAAGACAAGGGAUUCUCCACAGUAGAAAUUUCUGGCCUUGACAUUGGAUGGGGACAGAGGAUCCCUCUAACACUGGACAAGGGAACAGGAUUCUGGAGCCUAAAGAGAGAAUUGCCUGAAGGACAGUUUGAAUACAAAUACAUCAUAGAUGGUGAAUGGACACACAAUGAGCUCGAGCCGGUUAUAGGACCUAACAAAGACGGUCACACAAAUAAUUUCGUAAAAAUAGUGGAUGAUCCAACGAGCGUGGAUGGUGCGACCCGGGAGAGACUAACGAGGGAAGACCCUAAGCUUUUGGAGGAUGAACGCUUGAAAAUAAUCCAGUUCUUGGAGACUUAUUCUGAAGCAGAGGUCUGA